AUGCAUGAUGUGAUUCGUGAUAUAGCCCAUCAAAUAGGAGAUGAAAAGAUUCAAGUAAUCAUGGAUUCUAAAAGUAAAUUGAAGGAGAAUGUAAAAUAUUCAUCCUGGAUGAUAGAUGACUUUUCCAACUCUUUUGAGGGCAUUAAUCUUGAGGUUCUUUUAGUAUGGGUAAAUAAUGCAAGUCAUUCUUUGGGAGUUCCUGAGGCAUUCUUUGGAGGUAUGAAGGGACUUAGAGUUUUGCUUUUGUGUUCUAAGGUUAAGUUUCGGAGAACAUUGGCCUUGUCACUACCAAAAUCAAUUCAUUCACUUGAAAAUAUCCAAACACUGUCCCUAACAAAUUGGGAGUUGGGUGAUAUAUCUAUUUUGCAAAACCUCAAAAAACUCCAAACUCUUGAAUUGACAAAUUGUUCAAUUAGUGAAUUGCCAAAUGAAGUUAGCCAACAGGAGAAACUGAGGUUGCUAGGCUUGGUAGAUUGUUCAAUCGAAAAGAAUAACCCGUUUGAAGUGAUUGGGAGAUGCUCGAAACUUGAAGUAUUGUAUUAUAUUUCAAAUCAUGACACUCUUAAAAUUAAUCCAAAGCCUUCUAAAAUUAUAGAUCUUGAUCAAGAAUUUAGAAUAUAUCAUGUAGAAGGCAACUACUCUUACCAGCGUUCUUUUCAAUUGGAUGCUUCAACAAAAAGAUAUUUCAAUUCAACCAAGUUAAAAGGGAUCUUGUCUGAAAGCACAAUCAAAUCCCUGGCAGCAAGAGCAGAGAUUCUUGAGUUAACAGAAUGUAAUGAUACAAGAUGGACAAACCUUAUUCCUGACAUAGUUGAUCCUCAAGAAGAUGAAGGCAUGAAUGGCUUAAUUAGGCUUUCUUUGAAAUCUUGGCCUGCAAUACAAUGCCUCAUCAAUACAAGUGGAAUUCAAUCUCAUGCAACCAUCUUCUCAAACUUAGUUGAGCUACGACUUUCUAACAUGUGUGUGAGGGAAUUAUGUCAUGGUGAUUUUCCUAAUGACUUUCUCAAGCAACUAGAGAAGCUAUACAUAAGUGGUUGUGCUGAAAUAGACGGCACACUAUUGAAGGGCAAGCUAGAGCUAAGUAGUUUGAAGUCUAUAGAGUUAAAUGGUUGUUCGAUGACAUAUCUUUUCUGUCUAUCCACAGCUCAAAGUCUAAAGCAACUAGAAAAUUUGGACAUAAGUGGAUGCUCAAAGAUGAAAUGCCUAAUAAGUGAUGAUAAGAGAUCUGCAGAGCAAAAAGUGGACGAUCAUCAUGAUUGUAAUCAAAAGACCCAUCACUCAAUGUUCCCGAAAUUGAGGUCUCUGAACAUUGAAGAAUGUCAUGAAUUGGAAUUUAUAUUGCCAAUUUUUCCUUGCAAAGAGCUAGAAAGUGUGAAAAUCCGUGGUUGUAAUAAGCUAGAAUUCAUAUUUCGGCAAUGUUUAGAGGAGGGAGGUAUGCGUCAAAUGGAAAAGGAAACCAUACUCCCCUCACUACAAGAAAUAGAAAUUGCAAACGUACCCAAAUUCAUCAACAUAUAUCCAGAAUAUUAUCUCCCACAGUCUUCUCAAGUGCAGAAAUCAUGGGGCCCUCUGUGUCGUUUAUCUUCAAAAGCAAGUGCCUUUAGCAUCAAUGAACUAUCUUUUUCCAGGGCCAAUCAAUUGAACCUUACUCAGGCAUUAAAGGAGAAACAUCUCGGUAAAGCUAGUGGACUUUUUACACCUUCAUUAUGUCCAUACAAGAAUUUAAGAAAGAUGAGUGUAGAGGGAUUUUCUGAGUUGAAGUCACUUCUUACCCUGUCGAUUGCCUCAUCAUUGAAAUUGUUAGAAGAAUUAACAAUCAGUAAAUGUGGUGAACUGGAGCACAUAGUCACAGAUGAGGGGCAUGCUUACAGUCAUAUGAAUGAUUGUUGUAUCUUUUCCAACUUAAAGCAAGUUGAAGUCUUCAAUGCUGAAAAGUUGAAAUAUGUGUUUGGAAAAUGUCAUUCCAAUCAAAGGCAUAAUGUUCAUAUUGAACUUAAUCUCCUAGAUCUCAAAAGACUAAGCCUUCAUGAUGUGCCAAAUAUGGUGAGUAUUUGCACCAAAAAGUAUUCUGUGAAGGCAUUAUCUCUACAAGAUAUAAGUUUGAAAAACUGCCCACAACUUCCCAUAAAUAAUGUUAUAGAUUUAUCCAUUGAUGUGCAAAAAAGAGAUCACCUCUCAAAGGAAAAGGAAAAAGGAAAAAAUGAAUUAACAUGUUUGUAUUUAACCAAGGCAUCCAAAUCGAAGCACGUGCCAAGUACAGCUUAUGGAUAUUUUCCACUACCAUUAUCUCAAUCCAAUUUGAGAGGGAUUGAGAUAACUGGAUUUUCCAAGUUAACAUCACUCUUUACCAUAUCCAUUGCCUCAUCACUGAAGUUCUUGGAAACAUUGUAUGUCAAGGAGUGUGAUGCACUGGAACAUAUUAUAACAGACGAGGGGCCUAAUGGUCAAGCUUUUUAUUCAAAAGACUUUAAGGAGUUGGGAUAUGUGAGCAUCGGGAAGGCAGAAAAGAUGAAAUAUGUAUUUCGAGAAUGUCAUGCUGAUCAGAAUCAUAAUGUUCAGAGUAAACUUAAUCUCCCAGCCUUGAAAACAAUAUACCUUGUAGAUUUACCAAAUAUGCUUCCUCAAACUUUUAUAGAUUUCUUGGUUGGUGGACACAAAAGACAAGAAGAUCUCUCAAGCAGAAAGGCAUUAUCUUUCAAGGAGAAAGGUAAGGCACUUUCGAACUUGCAAGAGUUGGCUGAUUUAAGGGAUAUAUAUGUGGGACCUAAAAUCUCUUUGAGCUUUCAAAACCUUUCUGUUCUAGAAUUUGAAAAAUGCAAACAGUUGAAGUUCAUACUGUCUGCUUGUACCACGAGAAGCAUACCAGAAUUGAGAAGGCUAUUCAUAUCAGACUGUGAAGAGUUGGUGAGCAUAAUUGAGGAUGAUGAAGAGAAUCAACAAAAUCCUUUGGAUCUGCAUCAACCAUGUUUCCCAAAGCUAUGCCAUAUUCGAGUAAAGCACUGCAAGAAGUUGAAAUGCUUAUUCUCUGUCUCUACAUGUGCUAAACUUCCAUGUCUCUUGACGUUGGAGAUAGAAGAUGCUCCUGAGCUUGCUCAAGUAUUUGAAUGGAAGCAGGGCGCGCCGCAAGAGUUGGUCAUCAAGGAUGUGCUUCCAAAUUUACUUGCAAUAAGACUGGUAAAACUACCAAGUCUUCACACUAUCUAUCAUGGAAUUGAUUUCCACACUGUGAAAAUCCGUAUUGUGCAAGAUUGUAACAAUAUCCCUUCACCUAAUGUCAGCUCCUCUGAGAGUAAGUAUUCACAUAUACGUAGUUAA